UCCCCAGGGAGAGGACUAAGUAUCUAGGGCAGACAAAGCAGUGAAAUGUAAAACCAGGAUGCCGACUAGGGACCUAGGGAAUUUCCCACUCUGGUUUGAGGAGCCUGAGAGGGGACAUAUGGUGGGGCCCUGCCCAGAGCAUGAUUGGAGUAACUAUAGUCACAGACCUUGCCAGGGUAGGUCCUACCCUAAGGAUUUGGUGAAUGCAAGAUUUCUCUGGAACCAUUUGAAGACCUGACAAACUCACAUAUUCCUAGGCCCAGGGAGGUAACCUUUCCAGAGAGAUGUCUUCAUUAUCCUUGGCCAAUGUAGGUCAAGACAAGGGAUGCCUCCCCCCACCCCUCAGACUCCUUUGGAUCAGGUUCACCUGCUGGGCACUGUGCUAGCUCGGGAAGUUGGUGCAUCUUUAAUGAAGUCACUCAAUACCUGGGACAAGCUUUUGGCUCUACCAAGUUCCUGAAGCCAGACCUACUGAUACCCACCAAGCCACCAACUUUCUUGCCUGGGUCCCGGGACUCUUUAUCCUUCAACUAUGAACCAGGCCUUCUGGAAAACCUACAAGUCCAAAGUGCUACAGACCCUGAGUGGGGAAUCUGAGGAGGACCUGGCAGACGAGAGGGAGAACCCAGCAUUAGUGGCAUCUGAGACAGCAGAACCCACUGAAGAUGCCUUCAAUGCCAUGUCACAGCUGGCCCGCCGGGUUCAAGGGGUCGGGGUGAAAGGCUGGCUGACCAUGUCAUCUCUGUUUAACAAAGAAGAUGAGGACAAACUGCUGCCAAAGGAGCCCUGUGCUGACCACCCGCUGGCGGCACCGCCCCCCUCGCAGGCGGCGGCGGAGGCGGAACCGCGUGGCCCGGGAUUCUGGGACGCGUUCGCCAGCAGAUGGCAGCAGCAGCAAGCAGCGGCGGCGUCCAUGCUGCGCGGCGCCGAGCCCAGCAGGGACCCGGACCCCGAACCCGGGGACGAGGCCGCCCAGGAGGCCGUCGAGCACCCCGGGCCGAGGGAAGCGGACCCCGCGGCCGGCUUCAAGUGGGGCUUCCUCACCCACAAACUGGCCGAGAUGAGAGUGAAGGCCGCGCCCCCCAAGGGCGACUAGUGGGCAGGCCAAACUGGAACUCGCCCUUCCCCACCCUGUUAAAAAGUACCCUUGGCCCAAGACCUCAUGUGUCAGCGUGGUUUCAUUCUGACAGUGGCAAAAACAGCGUUGGGGUAGGCGGCCCCAGCGCAAUCUGUCUGGAGAGGUCCUUCUUUAUUUCCCUACGAAGCUGCAGGUGGGCAAUGCCCAGCGACAGCCGAGGUAUCAGGAUGGAGGCUGUUUAGCGUUAAGGCACAACUUCCUAGAAAGCAGAGGGUACCCAGAGGACAGGCUUUAGCGUCCUGUCCAGCUUUGUUUAGUUGAACAAACGUUACAGGCGGGCCUUUUGCCUGCGUAGUCCUUGCGUUAUGGACAGA